AUGGUGCAGAUGGCCCGUCCCGCAAAGACGAAGAGGCUACGUUACGUGUGGAUCAUCAGAUGUUGCAUCGACAAAACGAGCAGCGCCGAGCUGUCCAAGGCCAUCAACUGCAUGUUCCAAUGGUACUGGGAUUCCGUAGCCUGCGUCGCCUUUCUGUCUGAUAUGGUGCGGGAGGAGAUGGGAUAUUUGCCCAAGGAUGAUGGUUUGUGGGAGCGCCAAUUCGCGAGAAGCCGAUGGGUUUGGUGUUCUUGA